AAAUUUUUAUUUCCGUUCAUUUUGAAGAGUUUAGUUUACACCUAAGGAAAACUAAAAUAAAUUUCUUGGUUUGUCACAUAACUAUUUGUAAAAAAAAAUAGAGCAAAGACUUUAACAUGUUACAUAAAUUUAAUUUGUUAGGGUUGCAUGUUUUAUAAGUUAUUUUUCGUUUUGUUUUUACAUACUAAGGUUCCGGCAGGAACCUUUGUGUUGCGUUUCCGGUACAGCUUGUUAAUCCGACGCACAAGUGACAACCGCUAACUCAAAAUCAACAGCUCCUCACAUUUUUUUUCCUGCUAAUAUAAAGUAGAAUUGAAUAUUUUAUGGUGAAUUUUAUUCUGCGUUUUCAUGAAACAGUCAAUGUUGUAAAUUAUGAAUUUAAAAAAAAACUUUUUUUUCCUGCAUAUAUAUUUUUUCAAUUUCAUUAGAAUUUUUAAAAUGUGUUAAUUUAGUCGUAAAACAGUCGGAAAACACCGGGUUGAAGUGAUUCUAACUCCCACCUGCAGGUGGCGGUAUUUAUUUUUUCUACCACUAUGUUGCCUCAGUCCGUUACAAAUAUGAAUGGGCUCUUUGCACCUAAGGCGCUGACGUCACACCCGCAUGCGCGUAGUGCGGCUCAUUUCCUUCCGCUUUGAGUGACCAUGACCGCAAGGAAAGAUAAAAUCGUAUUUCAAAAACAAUCUAAGCAAUACCAUGAACACUGUUGUGUUCCCCGGUGCACAGCGUCUUCCAAAUAUAACGGCCGUUUAAGUUUUCAUAGAUUUCCAUGCGAUCCUGACUUAAGAAGACRAUGGCUAGUAAAUAUUCGUCGCGACAAAUUCAAGCUAACAACACAUAGCAAAGUUUGCAGCCUUCACUUCACUCCGGAUCAGCUUCUUCAACCUAAAACUGCCGGAGGGAGAAGAAAGGUAAAUAAAGGAGCUGUCCCUGAGUUAUUUCAAUGGAACAACUUCUGUGUUCAGCCUGAAAGAGCGAGUGUAUGGGAACGAGUGAGCAGACCAGAGCCAGACAGCAUUGAAACUGAUCCGCCUGUGCAAUGCACUUCUGCCGAUCACGAUUAUUGCUCCGUCCCAGAACCAGCUGGCCUGGACAUGGCAAUAAAUGAAAACGAUAAAUUAAAAGAAGAAAUAAAAGCCCUAACAACCCAGAUCGAAGAACUGAAAAUUCAAUCUACCUUUGGAUUACAGCGGUUCGCAGGGUCCGAUGAUGACAUCCGAUUUUACACAAGAUUUUCAAGUUAUCGUCACUUCAUGUUGUUUUGGGGGCUUAUUGAACCUUCUGUCCACAAAAUGAUUCGCUCAUCAAGAGUCAGAGCUGUKGAGGGAAGCGGCGAARCAAUAACUGCUGUCAGAGCAGCACACAUGAGGCAUUCCUUGCAACCCAUUGAUGAGCUGUUCCUGUUCCAGAUGUACCUGGCUGCAGGGCUUAAGGAAAGAGACCUAGCAAACCGGUUUAAUAUUCACAUUUCUACUGUAAGCCGCAUUAUUUGUUCAUGGACCAAUUACUUGUACACUCUUUUGGGUUCACUAUGUAUCUGGAUUGAUACAGAGGACAUCCGAGCUCAACUCCCUGGUGACUUCAAAGAUUUUCCUGACAUUCAAGURAUAGUAGAUUGCACUGAGCUCAAAUGCCAAUCUCCUGCUUCUCCUCUCCUCCAAAGUGAGAUGUUUUCCAAAUACAAAUCUCACUGCACAAUGAAAGGUCUGAUCRGAAUGGCUCCCCAUGGUGCAGUGACCUUUGUUUCUUCACUCUAUGAGGGGUCAAUAAGUGACAAAGAGUUGUUUAUGAGGUCAGGGUUGGCUAAUCUUCUUACUGAGGACAUGGCCAUAAUGGUAGAUAAAGGAUUCCUCAUCUCUGAGUAUGUGAAGUGCAAGGUAUACUGUCCACCUUUUCUCAGCAAGAAAAGGCAGAUGCCAGCU